AUAAAUUAAUCAGUUAAGAUUGAAACAUGAUUUUUGUAAUGUGCAACCGAAAGUGACGUAAACUUUGAAUGAAACCCGUCGAUAAAUGACGAACACAGUUUUGUGUCCGACUCACGAAACACCUAGCAACACCAAGGAUCUCACCUUGAUGAAAUAGUCAUGGAAAAAAGUCGAGUUGUUUCGUCAAAGGAUGUGAACUUUGUGGAAGUAGCUCUCCUACUGCGUCAGUACUUAAGAAAGUUCUAUAUUUCGUUUUAUAGUUUGAAUACUUAUUUAUUCAUGUAUUAUUCCUUUUAGUAUUUAUUAAAUUAGCACUCAAAAUCUUUCCGAUCGAAACCAGUUUAAAGGAGGGAAACAGACACCAGCCAAUCACAGUCCAUGAAAACAGCCGCAUUUCCAAUAAAGUGUAUAGUGCGCGAGUCUUUCAUCCCAAAAGAGAAAAAUGACUGACAGAAGGAUCUAGUCAUAUUCUUUAUUUAGUUUUGCAUUAAUUUACUAACAACAAACAAUCACUCGAUUAGUUCAAACUGGGUGUGAAAAAUUUCAGUUUCGAAUUGUUUUUCACUUAUCUCUUGAACUUUGAUCAAAGUCUCCUCACCGUUCGUAAUAAAUCCGACAUAAUGACAAACACAGUCAGCGAAUAUUGAAACGAAUUACAUCUUGUUGUUCUAUGGAUCAAUCGUGAAGUCAUAGAUUAUUAGUUUUGUAGAUUAAGACAAAAGACGAUAUAGUGAAUAGAGAUCAAAAGUCAUACUUCCGCCCUCAUAUGUCACACUAACCAUAUUAGUCUAUUCUCUCCGUUGAUUGGUGGGUUCAAUCCCCAGUGAUCGCGCGCUAAAUAAUCAUAAAACAGAGACUCGAAGAGACGUAUUUGCAGUCCCAGUUCCGUUUACAAACGAAGCGGAUGCCUUGGGGUUUGGAGAAUAUGAGCGAUACAAACCAGAACACGACUCGCGGAAUUUCCAACGAAGCAUGUUAUCUUCCUCUGAGCCACGGAAUACCAAUUAUGAUUAUCAAUUUCACGUUGGUCUUCGUUGGAACGUUUGGGAAUUUUCUCAUUAUUUUUGCUGUCUUGAAUACUCAUAAACUUCGGUAUAGAAUCUCAAAUUUUCUAAUCCUGAGUCUAGCAGUCGCUGAUUUAAUCGUGACCAUGUGCGCGCAGCCGUUACAAGCCACUUCGGUAACUUUCAAGACCUUUCGGCACUACUGCGUUCUUGAGAUAGACUUUGCCUACGACAUAGCAGGGAACUUCUCCGUCUUUUGCUCGCUCUUCCACCUGGCGGCUAUCAGCAUCGACAGAGCGCUGGUCGUGACGAAGCCACAUCAACAUCAAGCGCUCAUGCGGAAGCACGGAUUGAAAACCAUGUUGUUUAUUUGUUGGGGAAUAGCUUUUGUGUUUGUCUGUAUCCGUGUUCCUUUUCCAUCGACUCUUUCACUGUCUAUAGCCUUGAUUAUUAUUAGCUACAUCAUCAUUGUGUUGUCGUACGCCGUCAUCCUCUAUCAAAUCUCGCGCGAUAAGGUAAAAAGUAAUGAUCCGGCAGCUGCUAUGUCCUCUACGUCUAAAGAUGCAAUAAUGGAGAAAAGAAUCGCUGGAACUAUUGCGAUUGUGAUAUUUUUCUUCUCCUUGUGCUGGUUUCCUCUGCUUGGUUUUUAUGUCUCUGUUGGAAAAGGUGUUCUUAGAGAACUGGGUGGUGUGACGUAUAUGUGGAUACGAACUGUAGUCCUCUCCAACUCAUCUAUGAACUUCAUCGUCUACAGUUUCCGUAUCGUACAUUUUCGCGUCGCUUACCUUAGAACCAUAAAUAAAAUCCUAAAAAGACCAAGAGAAAUUUUUGGAGGCUCCAAGUUCGCAACCAGUGGCGCAGUAUCACAGGAAAGUAAAGAUAACUAUAUCAAAGAAAUGCCGAGUAGGCUGGAAGUGAGCCGGGAUUACAGCAAUGCCACAAGUCACGCGCAAACCACAAGGAUGACAAAUCCAAGCUUAGAGAAUGACAGAGAAGUAGAUGGCGCUUGCGUGAUGGAAUUAGACUCAAGCGUAUCCAAUUCUGGUCGCAUCUAAGCAUUUAUACUGAAGUUACAGAAAAAUAGGAAAAAAAUUCAGCUAUGUUUGAAUGUUCGAAUAAAACAUUUCCUCCGAGGAAAGACUCUUUAGUGGCGGAAGACAAGAAAGGUCGACCUGGGGCAAGUUAUGCUGUAUUUCAAAAAAAUUGACGCUAAGAACUAAACCUUGUUCGUACUCAUAUUGAGAAGUGAGCGUUACUCAAUAGAUGCUCUCUUUCAAAACAAUUUUGCUUGAAUCACUUGCAAAGCUUUUUUAUUGCACAAACACGUCGAAAUUUUUGUAAUAGUUUUUUUAAAAAUUGCUCAAUACUGUUUGUCUAUCUAUCUGUCUAUCAUGCUGUUUCGAAGAUUUCGAAUGACAAAGCCUUGUGCUCAUAUUUUACUUGGACAGUUUUGAAAAAGACGAUAAUACGAGAUAAAAUAUGAUAAGAUAAAUACGCAGAGAAAUGUGCUAAUGAUAAUGAAGGGAAAAAGAUAAUACUUUGAAGGAUUUGCUUAAUUUGCGAGAUGAGAAGUUUGACAGCCUUCGAGACCAGAUCAACAGAGUCAAUCCAAGAAAAUGCGAAAGUAUUUAAAUUGCUUUUAUAGUAAAUAAAACAUCGUCAAAGCGCUAAAAACAUGGUAAGAAAGGAAGUUAUCAGUAGAUCUUAUUCGUGGUGUUACAAUGUUUUCCCAAUUCAGCGUGAUCAAGCUCCAGAAAAGUCAUUUUCUUUCGGUUUUUUACUCUUCGAAAAAUGCAUGAGUAUCUCAAAGGCUCAAAGGAUACGAAAGGAAUAAUGAUGUUAUCCCGACGAGUUUCAAAAGCAUAGCUAUUCAUUCCCCUAGAGGUUUGCCACGUUAGAUAGGGCAAAUUACGGGAGCAAGUUUUUUAUUAAAAUAUCCAAUGUAUAAAUGAUGAUAAUGAAACAAAAUAUAUCAUUGGCUCACUGGGCAUGUAAAAGACUAGCACCUCCACUGAAGAAAURUAAAUACUUUGUAACUUAAGGGUCAAAUCCGGCUCUAGUCAUUUGUUGGAACUAAUAUACCCGUAAAACAAGGACUAUUCUAUUUACGGUAUAUUACAAAUGUGGCCAAAACCAACCUGAUACCUCUCAGAGUGCCCUGCUUUAAACCGGAUUACUUCAUAUUUUUCUUUUCGAUUCGCGAUUUUCCCCCCUCUCUACUCAUUUCUUACUUCUUUGUUUUUUAUCGAUUUCGCAAAUUGAACAGGCCUCAACAAAGUCAGUUCUAAUAUAUAUUUUUAUAAAACAAAUAAUUAGACGAAAAAUCGAUACAUGAUCAGAAGCCAGCUAAGGAACAUAAAAAAAAAAACAAAAAAACAAAAAAAAAACCCUCUACUGACAUGUAAGAAGUUGUUAAAAGCCAGUUAGUAACAUACAGGUAAUUCUAGAUUCAAUAGUAAAAAUAAUUGGUUCACAAAGGAAUUCUAUAUUAAUUUCUAUAAAAACAAUUGACUUUAGUAAUAAAAGCACAAAUGUUUAUUGGAACUUAUCAACUUUCUCUGAUUAGACAUGUAAUUAAUSAGGAGUCAUAAGAAAUGUAGAAUUUAAACUUACAAUGCCUUAUAUUAGUCAAGGUAGUUCAUACACUUUAUAGUUGUAACAAGAAACGUUGUACGUCGUGUGAGCGAGUUCAAAGUGUAAUUAAUCCGCAGCUGAACAAUUAUUAAAGUGCAAAUGAACCCUUUGA